CUUAUUUUUUCAUGUACAACAAUUUCCUUUAUUCAAAUACAGUCAUGUCAUCUUCUGGAACAUCAUCAUAACCUACUAAAUGUGCCCGUCUCACUGACGACCUUAACGGGGGCUUAUUUUCGGGGUAGGUCUUAUUUUUGGGGAAACACGGUAUGAAAGCCUUUGCUCUGCCCUCCACCUCCUGCCUUCGUCCUAUUUACCUCCUAACCUCACGUCCUUGAUAUUUAUACCACUUAGUGGGUAAGAAAAUUCUAGGGACCCUAAGUACCAGCCCUCCACCUCCACUCACCGCCUGGGGCCCAGAUCUACAGUGACCGACACCAGGGUGAGCUCCAAGCCUCCAUUCACUGCCAGGCUGGAAAUCUGGUGAGCCAGCUGGGCCCUGUAGCCAGGAAGGUUCCCAUUUGUGUUUUCCCAGAGCAGAUUGGCCCAGGUAGAACAUGGGAGCCAUGACUCCUGCCCUCUCCCCUGAACCCCUGCCAGGUACGUACAGUCUGUCCGAGGCAAGACAGAUGAACUUUCAGCCAGGAUGCCUCAAAGCAGGCAAAGAUUGAGAGCAAAACCAGAAACGUUUGGGGGGUGGCAUCACCUUGCCCAAAUCAAAGAGGUCUUCCUAGAUGAGGGCCCAAAAUCGAUGCUAAAGAAUGCUGUCAGUAGUUGGAAUAGAGUUGUGAGUUCUAGGCAGGGUGGCAGUCGAUAGUACAAGCAAACUAAGCAGACAUGAGGACCAGGGCUAGAGGCUGGACCCUGGACCUCAGAAAAGGCGCAGCAGCACUAGCAGAGACCAGAGCCGAAUCGCUGGAGGUGAUGGAGGAGGACAUGGUCUGAGAAAUGUGGGGACCUAGCCUGGGGUAAGCAUGGUGACAGAGUUGUCCCAGAGUCUGAAAUGAAAAUCAGGACAAAGGAUAUAGAAGGAGCCUGUGGCGUAAGGAGCAGAGUGGAGGCAUCCCUGACAGAACCAGCCCCCCACGGACCCUACCCUGCCCAGAAAUGGCUCCCCCUUACCCUUCCUGCCUGGCCUAUCCCCACCUCUCUGAUGGAUGGGCCCUGUUGGUUACACCCUGUCAGCAUCUUCACACCCAGCACUACUUGCAUAAUGCUUCCUCUUUCCCAGUGAGCAAGAGUCUAGGGAAGUGGCAGAAAGGGGAUGUAGUGUAAUCUUAGGACCCUGGCAUCUUCGCUCUGGGGAAGACCCAAGCUCCUUUCACUCCAGAACCUCUCCAGAGAUUGGGGGAGAGGCUCCAGCGAUUCUCUGUCUUGCUUACUGUCCCUUUGGGCCUUCCCAAAUGCAAACAAUGCCUGGAGCCCACCAAUGUUAGGCCCAGUGAAAACAGUGAAGCAAGGAAUGUUACUUCCCCUCCCACGCCUCCAUCACUGGUCUUCGCCCUCUCCCUGCUCCUGUCUUCCCCUACAGCCACUUCCAAAACCUUCAGCCCAAUAUCCUCAUCUCUUGUCCUGCUCCAGGCUUUUUACCUCCUCGGGGUAUCUGAAACUUGGACAACGAUUAAGGGAAAAGAAUGCAGCUCCUGCUGGAAUGCCUCAGAACACUGGAGGAAGGCCUAUGCAUACAGACAGAUUCAUGGGCCUGGAAAAUGCUUCUCCAGGUGCUGGCUGUGUGCUCCAGGAGGUGCAAGCAGUAGCUAUUUUUGUCAGCAACAGUGAAACCCCCAGUUGGCGGGGAAUAGGGGAUUGACCUUGUACAGGCAGUAUGGGGAAACUAAGUCAGAGGAUCCUAUGGGAAGAGAGGGGGGCAUUGGGGAGCACUCACCCAAGUUUUGUUAGGAAAAAGAAAGCAACUACAAAUCCUCCCAUGAUAGCACUAUCCAAGGUACCCAGUAUCGGAUGUGGUAGGAUGGAGGUGUCCUCAGUUUGAGGGAGAUCAGGCUGGGAAUCAGAUAACAGCGGAAUUCAGUCCUUAGGGAGCGGAAUCUGGGCUUGAACCUAGCUCCAGGCCCCACAGGGAGGGAACAGGGACCCCCAGCCACACAGCCAGAGACCAAAUUGGGAGCAGCAAAUUGUUGGGCACAGCUGAAUGCCAGAUCCUUUAUUCUGUGUGGCUGACCCUCAUGACAGGGCUGCGCCAUGGGCAUCAUAACCCCAAUUCACAGGUUUAGAAGCAACAUCAGAGGAAUUAUAAGACUAGCUCAGUCUCUACAAACGCAGAUUUAAAACAUGGAUUGGUUUGCUUCCAAAUCUCACCUUUGUCCCACUAUCUGACAGGACCUCCCAUUCCCGAGGGAGUUUGGAUAUGGGCAAGUGCACAGCCUCUUAUUAGUGUGAUGAGAGGAAGAGUGGUUCAAGGGGAGACCCAACCUGCUCCUGUGGCCUAAAGCUGGCUUGGGGGCAGGCAGAAGUCAUGGUCACGAAUCUUGCUGGGGCAGCCAGUCAGCUCAGUUGGUUAGAGUGUGGUGUUCUUAACAACAAGGUUGCCAGUUCGGUCCCCAUAUGGGCUACUGUGAGCUGCGCCCUCCACCACUAGAUUGAAACAACUACUUGACUUGAUGCUGAUGAGUCCUGAAAAACGCACUUAAAAUAAACAUUUUUUAAAAAAAGAAUUUUUGCCAGCUUCUACAGCCCCUCACUCACUCUUAUCUGACAUAAUAGAAAUGAAUCCAGCCACUUAAGUGAGUUUUCCAGAUACAUCAAGCUCACCCCUUUAUAAUUUAAAACUUUUCUAAAAACCCAUUUUGGAAGGAAAUCAUUCUAGAACAUUACAUUCAUCUUCAGCACAUCUGCAAUAUAAUAUAAAUUUUGAGAGGUAGCUGAGGAAUCAUUCAUAAAAACCAAUGGCUCCUCUGCAGCAAUGUUUUCAGAAUCUGUAACAGUAUCAGGGGGCUGUUUAUGCCAAAUGACUUCAGACCACUAUUUAGAUGCUUAUGACUGCUUUAAAAGUGUUUUGUAGUUUUGCUUCUCUCACUACCAGGCCAUCGGGUCACUUGCUGCUCUAGAUAUGCUUCUGAUCUAUGAGUACAGAACACACAUGGACACAUUAAAAUUGUGAAUAAAGUAAGGAUAAGUAGGCUGUGAUUGAGGACUGGAGAGUCCAUCCAAUGAGUAAAACACAUGCGUAGUGUAGCUGUUCAGGAGUCCUUUCUGCUCCCUCUAGACCCUACAAUGUUGCCCUGCAGUUGACCUCCAGAUAAAGGAACUGUCACUGCAUGUUAGUCCCAAGAUUACCAUUUGCCUCUUCCAUGGGAAAAGUCCACUGAAGAUUGCAAUAAGGAUUGUUCCCCGUAAUAGGAGACAAUAGGAAUAUUAAGGAAGGCAGCAUACGGCUAGAGAUGAAAAACAAUCUCUGGCAGUGGAAAGAACUGGGUGGGAAUCCUGGCGUCCCCACAUUCCAGCUGCACAAUUGAUUUGUGGACAGGCCACCCACCUACUACUAUGAGCCUUAGAGUCAUGAGGAUGAAAAGAGAUAAUGUAGGGAGGUCCUUAGCCCAUCACCUGGCAAAAGUCAGGUCAGAAAGGGCCAGGAAAUUGGAAUGUGGGUGCUUGCGGGUGUCAGGAAGGAAGACAAGUGGAAGCCUGAAGGGAAAGGGACCCGGGCAGAAAAGAAGCAGUAAAGGAAACGUGCCAUCCUGGCUUUGCACAAAGAGGUGGACAUUGUGUGUCUGCCUUGUGUAGACCAGAAGGCCUGGCGGUGCCCCAGAGUGCUACAGGUGGUGGGGUGGGCUGGCACUCCCCACCCGCACCUUGGGGCUGGGAACUUCUAGAGGACUAGUCUCUCCCUUUUUUCCUGCUCUGAUUAGCACCAGGUGGGUGGGCCUGGCAGGGAGGGGGGGAGAAAGGAAGGCCCCACAGUUGUUCGCACCCACCUUAACCUAGUGACCAAAUGAAGCUGCCCAAACAAAGCAGCCAUCUGUCUAGGGGCCAGGCUAGGAAAUGGUUACUUUCCUGGGUCUUAGCCCAGGAGGGAGGGGUGGUUGGGGGAAGGAGAGAAUGGCAGGGAAGCGAGGUGACAGGGAGGCUGCCCCCUGUCCCUGCAUGUCUUUUGGUUUCUGCCUCCAGCCCCUCCAUUCAGCCAUAGAGUGAACGCGGGGCUGGGGGCUGAUAACAGAAACAAAUGAGGUAUAGUCCUGGAUCCUGGAGCAAGACCUCCGGGUCCCUGGGUCCCUGCCUCCUGCCGCCCUCAGCUCCCUUUCCCACCAACCCCUUGCCCUACUUCUCUGAACCCGCGUCUCUCUUCUGCUCUCAGACUUUGUUCUGUUCGUGUCUUCCCCAUACUCCGCAGUGUGUGCUCCCAGAGGGAAGCGAAGCGGGCCGGGGGCAGAAAAGAGGGAAUCCCGCUGACAUCACUGCUUAUUAGCAUGUGUGACCUCAUCAGGGGGCGGGACGAUUUCCCCAGGUGUCUGGGGGGGCUUGUAGGGGGUGGUAUUUAAAGGGAAAAGCUGACAGUGCUGCUGAGUGAGGGAGCGGGUGCUGCGAGUCGCGGGCUGCACCCCCACACGCACGCCGAUGCAUACGGACAUGGACGCGGACACGGAAACCACCGCACUCUGCCCCUCCGGCAGCCACCAGGCCUCCCCCCCAGGGACGCCCACACCAGCGGAUGCCACAGUGCUGAAGAAGCCAGAGAAACUGUUGGCAGGCUUGGACCGGGGCGGGCCACCCCCCGCCCAAGGGGCCCCCAGACGAAGAGGCAGUAUGCCUGUCCCCUACAAGCAUCAGCUGCGGCGGGCCCAGGCUGUGGAUGAACUUGACUGGCCACCUCAAGCCUUAUCCUCUGGCUCCUCUGACUCCUUGGGCUCAGGGGAGGCAGCCUCCACCAAAAGUGAUGGCAUCUUCAAGGUCAUGCUGGUGGGGGAGAGCGGCGUGGGCAAAAGCACCCUAGCAGGCACUUUCGGUGGUCUCCAGGGAGACAGUGCUCAUGAGCCGGAGAACCCAGAAGAUACCUAUGAGAGACGCAUCAUUGUGGAUAAAGAGGAAGUGACUCUAAUUGUUUAUGACAUCUGGGAACAGGGGGAUGCAGGGGGGUGGCUGCGGGACCACUGCCUUCAGACCGGGGAUGCCUUUCUCAUCGUCUUCUCAGUCACGGACAGACGAAGUUUCUCCAAAGUUCCAGAAACCCUACUUCGGCUCCGGGCUGGGAGGCCCCACCAUGACCUGCCUGUCAUCCUUGUUGGAAACAAGAGUGACCUGGCCCGCUCCCGGGAGGUCUCACUAGAGGAGGGCCGCCACCUGGCAGGGACACUGAGCUGCAAGCACAUCGAGACGUCGGCUGCACUGCACCACAACACGCAGGAGCUGUUCGAGGGCACAGUGCGCCAGAUCAGGCUGCGGCGGGGCCGGAGCCGCGCGGGGGGCCAGCUGUCAGAAUGGGGCGGCCCGGAGGGCCCCGCGCCACCCGCGCGCCGGGAGAGCCUCACCAAGAAGGCCAAGCGCUUCCUUGCUAACCUGGUGCCACGCAACGCCAAGUUCUUCAAGCAGCGCUCCAGGUCGUGUCAUGACCUCUCCGUGCUCUGAGCCACGGUCGCCAUGGUCACCGCGGUCGCCAUGGUCACCAAUCACCACUCUCUCCGCUCGCCCCCUUAGCCCCGCCCCAUCCCCGUCCGGCUUCCUUCGUGAAGACCGUCUAGGAAACCAAAAACUCCCAGGGGCACGCCCUUUUGCGACCGCGGCGGUCAUCCCACACCCGCGCCUCCACGCGUUCUCUGUAUAACCCCCGACCCCAGGGCGCCUAGGAGGCAGGAUGCAGACCCAAGGGUGGGCACGCCGCGGCCGGUGGGAGGGGCGGGUUCCGGCAGGCAGGAAGGAAAAUCGUUCUGCAAGGUAUUUUGUUUUUUAUUACUUCGCGCUUGACCACCUCUCCUGUAAAGAGAUCCUAAAAAACGAGAACUGAAAAAGUGCUUUGUAGACUCCUUUACAGGGUUUUCCACCUUUGUACUGUGCGCGAAUAUGCCUCACCUUUAAGAGAUUCUUAAAGGUAAAGACACGGAGACCCUUCUUGGAGACUUCCUAAAAUGUUCUGGCUCUUAUCUGCUGCACUUGUCCACUUUGCCUUUAAGAAGUUCUUAAAGGCAAGAGCCUGGAAGUGCAAUUCUUGAGAAUUGAUUCUAUGAUUAAAUCGUUAUACCACGGCACUUCCCCUUUAAGGCUAUUAAAGGUAAGGUGUGGACAGACUUUUGCCUUCAGAUGCCAGCGUGAGGAGCUGAGGGGGUAGUAACCCUCCUUUAGCCAGGGCCCAGGAGGCCCUAGCUAGGGGCCACCCUUCCCUUUUCAAUAAAGGAUUUUUCUACUGCACUUAUUCACUUUGACUCUGUUCUCAA